AUGCAGGGUGACUACAAUGCAGCCGUAGCGGCAUUGAACACGCUGCAGAGCAACUUUUCCAUCGUCGACGCCAUCCGCAAGUCUGGAAGGGCCAUGAACCAAAAUGCCAUCCCUGAGAUGAUCGAAUGGGUCAAGAAGCUCGGCUAUGAGCCCGCCGACUUCGACAGACUGAACGCCGUCCAUGUCGCCGGAACAAAAGGCAAAGGUUCGACCAGCUCCUUUGUCUCGUCCAUCCUCGGUCAAUACGUCGCAGAAGGGAAAGUCAAGAAGACCGGUCUCUACACUUCACCCCACUUGCGAUUCGUGCGCGAGCGCAUCCAGAUCAACAACAAGCCCUUGACUGAGGAGCAAUUUGCCAAAUACUUCUUCGAGACGUGGAACAGACUCGAAGCUGCCGCAAAAGCUGCUGGCCAUGCCGAUCCCACCAGCAAGGACACCAAGCCUGUCUACUUCCGCUUCUUGACCUUGAUGGCACUGCAUACGUACAUAAGCGAAGGUGUCGAUGCUGCUGUCAUAGAGUGCGGUAUUGGAGGCGAGUUCGAUAGCACAAACAUUCUCGUCAAGCCCAGCGUCACUGCUGUCACAAGCCUGGGCAUCGACCAUGUUGCCAUGCUGGGCGACACAAUCGAUAAAAUCGCCUGGCACAAGGCUGGUGUCUUCAAGCCUGGCGUCCCUGCUUUUUCUGCGCCGCAACCUGACGAAGCCAUUCGUGUGCUACACGAGCGUGCCGCCGAAAGAAACACCAAGCUCGAGGUUAUCAGCACCCAUCCCGAACUCGAAAACAUCAAACUGGGUCUUGCCGCAGACUUCCAAAAGACAAAUGCCUCUGUCGCCAUCGCCGCCGCUGCUGCAUACCUGCGCCGCAUGGGCGUCGAAGACCUGCCCACCUCCACCUAUCUACCUCCAGCCUUCCGCAAAGGCCUCGAAGAAGUCCACUUAGGCGGUCGUUGCGAAACACGCGCAGACACCACUACACCAAACCUGAAAUGGCACAUAGAUGGUGGCCACACACUCGAGAGUAUCGAGCUAGCCGCCCGCUGGUUCGGCAGCCUCAUCUCGCCAUCCACAACAUCAUCCACUCGCAUCCUGAUCUUCAAUCAGCAGACGCGUGACGCCUCUUCACUGGCAUUGAAGCUACACGAGACUCUCGUAUCUGCCUUGGGCGAUCAAAAACCUUUCUCUCACGCCUUCUUCUGCACAAACACCACCUACGCCGAGUCAGGCUUCCGUCCCGACCUCACGAGCAUGAACACCAACGCUUCAGAUGUCGAGACUUUGAGUGUGCAGAAUGCUCUUGCCGAGACUUGGAGGGGUGUAGAUGAGACGUGUGAUGUGCGUGUGCUCAGAACAGUCGAAGAUGCCGUCAAGACUGCUAGAGAAGUUGCCGGACAGCACAACGAUGAGGUUAUGGUGCUUGCUACCGGUAGUCUGCAUUUGGUUGGUGGUGUGGUCGAGGUGCUUGAGGGUGGUAAUGCUUAG